UCUUGUUGUGGUGUGAGGAGAGGUUUGUCUGUAUAGUUCUGGAAAAGUCUCUUUUUUAUUUCUGAAUUUAUCCUCUCUUUCUGGUUAUUUGUGUAUUAAAACUUCUCAUAAGCGAGCGCUGAGAGCGAAGAAGGCAACAUGGCGCAGUACAAAGGAGCUGCCAGUGAGGCUGGCAGAGCCAUGCAGCUGAUGAAAAAGCGAGAAAAAGAAAGAGAACAGCUCGAGCAGCUAAAGCAGAAGAUUGCAGAGGACAACAUGGUCAAGUCCAACAUUGAUAAGAAGUUCUCAGCUCACUAUGAUGCUGUAGAGGCAGAGCUCAAGUCCAGCACAGUUGGUCUUGUGACUCUGAAUGAUAUGAAGGCCAAGCAGGAGGCGCUGGUGAAGGAGAGAGAGAAACAGCUGGCCAAGAAGGAGCAGUCCAAGGAACUCCAGCUGUGG